GCUUUGGAAACUUCAGCCCAAGGGACCAUAAGGCAACGACCUAUUCAGAUCUAGAUCUGGGGGUGUUUUCCAAAGACUUUGGCUGGCAUAAGGAGAGAAUUGAUCCUGCUUAUGGUUGGUUUUUCUCCUAUUUAUCAUGUAGGGCAUCUCCCGGGAUGGGAUUUUGGCGGGGAUCAAAUUCGGCAAGGAAGAAUGGUGUUCAAGCUGGCAAAGGGGCUCUAGUUCCCUUAAUGGGUCUUGACAGUAUGGGAUUGCAAAGGUUUAGCAAAGUUGGAAACUUGAUUGGGGGUAUUCAGUGGCGAUUGGGAAGCUUGUGCUUGUACAGAGGAUUGGCAAAAUUGGUGAGGCAUUGCAUUCAAGGCUGGGCAGCACUGUUGGGACUGUUUGUUGUCAAAAUCCUUACUCUCCUCACGAAACUGGUUAAAUAGGUGAGGAUGUCCAGUAACUUCUGAUGCUCAAAGUGACUUUCCUUUCUACCUUGGUAGCAUACAGCGAUUGCAAUAGCAAUCUCAAGUUGCAGAUGGCUAUCUUUACUUAAUUGUCUAUAUUUGUCAUGGGCAUAGUUUAAAUUUAGUACUAGUGUUGUGGGUUAUGCUUUUGAUUUUAUCUUUAGGGUAUUUGCCUUGUAAUGGAGUUUUUCUGUACUUCUUUUUUAAUUAAUAUAAUUUCUCCAUUUCU